AUGAGCAUGAACGCGAAGACUCCAAAUGCGGGGCCAGAGUUUAUGCCCGUGUCUGGCUUGCGUCCACGAGAAGAGCUCCCGAAGUCUUUCCUGGACUACGCGCUUUUCUUGCGUGUGCCAUUGGGCUCUGCGGACGAGUUCAGCCUGUCGAGCGAGAGCAUGAUCGAGCGGGCCAUGUCCGUCCUUCCACAGUCCGAGCACCUCGAGACCUUCGGUCCAGAUGAGAACCCUGUGGAAUAUGUCAUGAACCAGCUCUCCUCCAUCUAUCCUACAAUCUACCAGGAGUGGCCAGACAAGCUGAGCGACACGGCGCUGGCCCGCUUCUGCCUCCACGGCCUCGGGGCCCACCGCUGGCGCCCAGAGAUGCGAGAUGGGAAGAAGUAUUUCGUGACUGGGUUGCUGUUCAGCCCACUGGUUGUCAAAACCAACGCGUUAUCUGGCCUCCCUGUUCGGGAGGGCUUUGAGAGAUAUGGAGGCGACGCGUACUUUGACGAACACUGGAAGCCUGUGAUGAUCGUGGACAAAGGACGCGGUCCCUUGCGAGAUGAUGGAACUCAGGAGACAGUCACGACCAGACCCGGGGAUGCUGACUGGGAUCGUGCGAAGUUUCGGUUCCGUUCCUCGCUCUUCACUUUGGUCACGCUUGUAGAUCACCUCUACGACAUCCACUUGCAGAAGGCCAACCUUUUCGUCACGGCCAUGCGCGAGAAGAUGUCUUCAGACCACCCAGUCCGGCGCUUCAUGACACCUUUCACUUACCGGACGAUCACCGUUAAUGACAAUGCUUUCCACAACCUAAUUACCAAGAAUGGGAUGGCUCCGCGGUGCUUCGCCCUCACAGAUCAAGGCUUUGGGCUUGCCAUGGCGGCAGCCCCGUCACUCGUACUAACCGGAACAGAAGUUCCGGUUGGCCCGGGUGGCCCCAUGAUGUUUCGCACUGAGUAUGUGGAGUACCUCAAAACACAAGGCGUCGACAGUGCUUACUGGAGGCAAGUAUCCCAGCUCUAUGAGGUCUUCUUACGCUUCGUCCUUGGAUACUUGGAGUGCUACUACCCCAAGAAAGAGGAUUUUGCAAACGAUCCAGAAAUGCAUGCGUUGGUGAAGCAGUAUUUCUUCCAGCUAGAAUCAGCUCCGCCGAACAUGAUUGGCGCGAGCGGAGAUUUCACCUUGUCUUACUAUGUCACUGGUGUCGAUGAAACGUACAUGUUCUAUGCGAAGUUCCUGGCGCAGAUAAUGUUCUGGGUGACUGCAGGCCACGAGCAGGCAGGACGCAUCGUGGUGCGCCUUCCGGUGGGUUCCUGGAGCGACUGUGGGAACCAAGCAGUCGCUUGGCGGCGCUUCAUUUCAGCUCUCGGGCCGUUGGAUGUUCAAAGUUCCGGGGGCAUUCGGGGUCCGAAGAAGCAGCAUGACAGGGCAGCAACGGCCACGGCCUUGCUGAUGUCCUUCACCAGCUUGCCCAUGCCCAAGUUCCUCGGCAAGACGAUGGCGUGUAGAGUCUAG